UACCGAUUUUACAUUAAAACAGCAAGCUUUCUGGUUAUCUAUUUGUCAGCUUUGUUUUUAUUCGUGGUCGUUUCUUGGAUAUAUUGGGAUAAACGGAUUUGUACGGUUUUUGAAAAAAGCUGAGUCACGAAAGGGAUAUUUGAUUUUAAUUCAGCAUUGUUGUCCUCGUUGUUCAUAACUGGCAUAUUAGCACUCAACAAAACGAAGUAUUUAUUCAGAAAAGAUUUAGUUUAUCAUUCAACGUUGUGCCAAAGUCAAUGAAGUCAUUGAAAAACGCAAAAGGAGAUCCUAUCAAGGCAUUUCUCAGUCAAGCAAAAGAAGAGUUUAAUCAGAAAUGGGAAAAACCCGCACAGAACACAGCUAGUCUUGAAGAUUUUGAACGACUUAAAACUCUUGGGACGGGGUCAUUUGGACGAGUAAUGCUUGUACAGAGAAAAAAAACUGGAAAAUUUUAUGCCAUUAAAAUUUUGGACAAGCAAAAGGUGGUGAAGCUGAAGCAAGUAGAGCAUACUUUAAAUGAAAAACGUAUUUUGCAAGCAAUCAGUUUUCCUUUUCUUGUGAAUCUUGAAUGGAAUUUCAAGGAUAAUUCCUACUUAUACAUGGUGCUGGAAUUUGUCCCUGGUGGAGAAAUGUUUUCCCAUUUGAGAAGAAUUGGUCGGUUCAGUGAAGGACAUUCAAGAUUUUAUGCAGCACAAAUUGUUCUUGCAUUUGAGUAUCUUCAUUCAUUGGAUCUUAUUUACAGGGAUUUAAAACCAGAAAAUCUUCUUAUUGACAAUCAAGGAUACAUAAAGAUCACUGAUUUUGGCUUUGCUAAAAGAGUCAAAGGAAGGACUUGGACAUUAUGUGGCACUCCAGAGUAUCUAGCCCCUGAAAUUAUACUUUCCAAGGGCUACAACAAGGCUGUUGAUUGGUGGGCCUUGGGUGUUUUGAUUUAUGAAAUGUCAGCUGGUUAUCCACCUUUUUUUGCUGACCAACCUAUUCAAAUAUAUGAAAAGAUUGUUUCCGGAAAGGUUAGAUUUCCAUCUCAUUUUACAUCUGAACUUAAAGAUCUGCUGAAAAAUCUACUUCAAGUUGACUUGACAAAACGUUAUGGUAAUUUGAAAAAUGGUGUCAAUGAUAUUCGCAAUCAUAGAUGGUUUGGACCAACUGAUUGGAUUCUCAUUUAUCAAAAGAAGAUUGAAUCGCCAUUUAAACCCAAGUGUAAAGGUCCUGGUGAUCCCAGUAAUUUUGACGACUACGAAGAAGAGCAGUUAAGAUUAUCUACCACUGAAAAAUGUGCAAAAGAAUUUGCUGACUUUUAAUAAUAUAUUCUUUUCCAAGAACACGAAUACUUGUAGUUUUAACAACAAGUGCCACAAUCAACAAAAAGAAUUGGAGCCCAACCGUCUCUGAAACGACGAAAAAUUCUUUUAGACUGCAGAGACAUUGGUUCAUUAUUUAUUAAAUCCGAGAGUUUUAGACGUAUAGAGAGUUAUAACCAAACAAGGAAGUUUUAUUUGUAUGAACUGUUUAUAGCUAAGUCAUGUACAUUUUAUCAGCGAUACAUUUUAUCGUAUGGCCAAAAUCAUGCAAAUAUAUAAUAUUAUUAGCCUUCCA